GAGAGAGCUGUCUCCCGGAUUCAUCAGCUCGAGCUUCUGCGGUACGAUAAUGGCUGAAAAUGAAUCUGAGUUGGACGGCGCUUCGGACUCGAACAUAGUCUCCGAUCAGUCUUUGAAACUCGAAGGUCAGUUGACGCACCCUAGCACCACCGCCAACGCCGGCGCUGGUGGUCUUGAAAUCACCUGCUUUAGCGAGCUCGUGGAUGACACUACCUUCCACUUCCAAAUCAUUCGUUUCCCUAAACAGAUAUAUGCAUGGAUCGGUUGCAACUCUACAAAAUUCGGUGACUUGUACGCAGCUGCAUCGACACGACCUAGCAACACGGUCGGUGUGACUUCCAUGCUCGGAGGUUCUUCGGAUAACACCGGGUCUGGAAUCGCUAGGCGAUUAGUGUUAAAAACUGGUCUUAACAUAAUUCUUGCUUGCAGUAUCCCAAAGAAUAGCCCCAUGCUUGAGGCAAAUGCUGAAAAGAAGCUGAUGGAAAAGUUAGUCAGUUUGGGAUACACGCAGCCAAGAUAAUGAUUUGUGAGAAUUUUCUUCCAUGGAAAAAGCUUCUAUCUUCAUUGCCUUGAACAUAACAGCGAGAUGUGUCUAUCUGCACCAACUCCUGGUGGUUCUUUCUCCUUAACUCCACUUUAUUGGUUUGGAAAGUAAACCCCCAAAUGACAAAAUACUGGCUAUGAUUCCUUAGUUGUUAAUGAUUUGUGUUCUAUGAUCUAUAUCUGUUAUGAGCUUUGCUAGGGAAGAUUUGUUUUUGUAACUAGUCAGUGCAAAUUUUCACCUGAAGUUUUAGUUGGUGGAUCAUUGUAUUUUUAUGUUGGGCAAUUAUUGGACAAUGCUUUUUGCAGAA